CGUACGGAAGUAGCGUAGCGACAAAGACAGCGAGACCGAAACCUGUGGGGAAGGAGUAAAAAAAGACCUCGGGUAUCGUCGCGCUGUUCGUCUGAAGGCCGUCGCUUUCUGUGGAGCUCGCUGCCCCGGGGGCCUCGGUGAAGACGCCGAAAUCAGACGGCGGCAGGGCAGGUUGAGGAGACAGCGUGAAGCCGCCGAACGCGACCGUGUCCGCUGGCAGAUUCUCCGUCUGUAGGCUAGCGUGUAUAGCGAAGGAGCCGCCAUGGCAGCCGGAUCACUGAGCCUCCACAUCGGGAUAUGAAGAGGAGCCGCAUGUGUCCCCGAACCGUCACGUAAACGCCGUAUUCAUCCGCGAUUCAUCCGAACUCAGCCCCCGCUUCAAUCUUCUGUGAAACCGAUUCAGCCUCCAGAAGGAAAAACCGCAGUCGGGUUUGAACCGGGGGGCCACAGGGAGAGGCCAGAUCCAGGACUAUUUCAGUUCGAGACGUGUCCUGCUAAGGCCCGCGGAGAAAACCCUGGAAUACAACGAGGAGACGAUGCUCUGAUCGUCCGCUGCUGGGACAGAACCGGGUCGUUUUAUUAGGAACCAGCGGGAUAAAGGGGUCUCUUUCUGCCGGGGCCACCCUGUGAAUUACUCUGACAUUAUUCAUUUACUGGCAGUCCUCCUUUGGAUGAGAAGGGUCUGCGGAUCGAUCAGCCCCGCCGCCGCUUGAGCAAGUCACAGUCUCCCGGAGGUCGAGAGGAACCGUACCGGGGAUUUGGAUCAUGUCGGGCCGGCCCAGGACCACAUCCUUCGCGGAGAGCUGCAAACCAGUGCCGCAGCCCUCCGCGUUCGGCAGCAUGAAAGUCAGCAGGGAUAAGGAUGGAAGCAAGGUAACAACAGUUGUGGCCACUCCUGGCCAAGGCCCUGACCGGCCACAGGAGGUGAGCUACACAGACACCAAGGUCAUUGGCAACGGCUCGUUCGGCGUCGUCUACCAGGCUAAGCUCUGCGACUCCGGAGAGCUGGUGGCCAUCAAGAAGGUCCUGCAAGACAAGAGGUUUAAGAACCGUGAGCUGCAGAUCAUGAGGAAGUUGGACCACUGCAACAUCGUCCGUCUGCGUUACUUCUUCUACUCCAGUGGUGAUAAGAAAGAUGAAGUGUAUCUGAACUUGGUCCUGGACUAUGUUCCUGAGACUGUCUACAGAGUGGCAAGACACUACAGCCGAGCCAAACAGACCCUGCCCAUGGUUUUUGUCAAGUUGUACAUGUACCAGCUUUUCAGGAGUCUGGCCUACAUCCAUUCGUUUGGAAUCUGCCAUCGGGACAUCAAACCCCAGAAUCUGCUGCUGGACCCGGAGACCGCUGUGCUCAAGCUCUGUGACUUUGGCAGUGCUAAGCAGCUGGUCCGGGGAGAGCCAAAUGUUUCCUACAUCUGCUCUCGCUACUAUCGAGCCCCUGAGCUCAUCUUUGGUGCCACUGACUACACUUCCAGUAUAGAUGUGUGGUCAGCCGGCUGCGUACUGGCAGAGCUGUUGCUAGGGCAGCCAAUCUUUCCUGGUGACAGUGGAGUGGAUCAAUUGGUUGAAAUCAUCAAGGUUCUCGGCACCCCGACCCGAGAGCAGAUCCGUGAGAUGAACCCCAACUACACCGAGUUCAAGUUCCCCCAGAUCAAGGCACAUCCUUGGACUAAGGUGAGUCAACAGGUGUUCCGGCCGCGCACGCCCCCCGAGGCCAUCGCCCUGUGCUCUCGCCUGCUGGAGUACACGCCCACGGCCCGCCUCACCCCCCUGGAGGCCUGCGCACACUCCUUCUUUGACGAGCUGCGCGAACCCAACGUCAAACUGCCCAACGGGAGAGAGAAGCCCUCCCUCUUCAACUUCACCACCCAAGAAUUAUCCAGUAAUCCCUCUUUGGCCUCCAUACUCAUCCCGGCCCACGCCCGCAGCCAGGCCUCCGCCUCCACCCCAACCAACACCUCUGCCACCACAGAUCAUCUCCUCUUCCUGACCGUAGAUGGCAGCAGCACAGAGCGAGGUCCCAGCACCACCACCGCCUCUGCCUCGGCAUCCAACUCCACCUCCUGAGCCCGCUGACCGCCCCGCCCCACCCCGGUCUCAGCCCCAGCCCCACUGCCUCUCCAUUGCCCCGGCUAGGGGGGGGGAGCUCUGCCCAGCUCUGCUCUGCCCUGCUCUCCUCCCUGACACCAGCGGAGCGAUGCUGACGCAGUCCCGUCUCAACAGCUAAGACGUCGGCCCCCUACGCGACCACGAACACAAAACCCAAGCCUCUCCCUCUUUUAUCCCCGACUGACACCCCCCUCCCCCCCGAUCCAGCUGUUUGAACUCUACUCCAUCCUCCAUCGAAGACGUCUCUCCGUGCUCUUUCAGCGGGGAAGCGAUGCGCAGGGCCGAAGGUGUUGUCGACUGUACUAUUGAUAAAAGUACACUGUACAUGUAUACACAAUGCUAGCCUGCUAAUGUUUGUAAGAGGACAAUCUGUAGAAAAAAAAGUCCUGAGCUGUUCCCUGACUCCUCUCGUCCUCCCCCCCUGCAUUGAUCCAUUUUUCUGCAUCUUCAUCCUCUGCCUCCCCCCCCCACACCCUCCUCUCCCUCCCUCCCUCCUUUGGUUUGUCUUGUAGUGCAUGGCCUGAGUAUGGUUAGGAUCACCUCGGGGGGGUUCACCAUACCCUCUCACUUGUCACCUCCACUUCUGCAAACAAGGCAUGAGGCUCACGCACGCGUAUACACACACACUCAAGAAACACACACACACACAGACAAACACACACACACAUGGAUGCAUGACGAUCCUGAUGUAUGUGGGAAAAUAAGCAACCGUGGAGGUAAUGUUUGGACACGUUUUUUGUUUUGUUUUGUUUUUUUCCUUGCCUGGGGUUUGUUUUUAAAUGUUUAGCGAACAGUUUUACUCGACCUUGUUCUUAAUUUUCCUUUGAUUUACUCCCGGGCAGGCUUUUUAUUUUAUUUAGUUUUUUUCGGAUCGCCAUGUGCGAUGGAUGUGACAUGUAUCUGGUCCUGUGUGCUUGUAUAAUAUAUACAUACAAUACAAAAAAAAAACAUGCAUACAUACACAGUUUAUAUAUUACUUUUCCUUAUGUAUAAAAAGUAUAUAUAGAUAUAUGUAUAUUAACUACAAUGGUUCAGAAAUCAGUUAUGGUGAGCUCAUAUCUGGUAGAGCAGUGGCAAUAUUUGCCGCUGCCUAAAGACGAUAGAUUUAGAUGUGGUGGUGUUUUUGUUUUUUCCUCAGUUUGUUGCUGAAGCGCAGUCGGACUCCAGCCGUCACUUCUCCGUUCCCCUGUGUCGUCUGUAUUAAGGCCGUCAGUGGAUUUAGGGCACCGCUCUAUUCUCUGUCUUUUUACCGACUCUGUCUGUAACAGUGUUUUUUUCUGUGACAGUGCAGCGUCUAGACACCUCCUCUCCCCACAGUCUAGACUCUAGAUCUUCCUCUUUGUCUCCGUGAAGAAUUCGAGAUUGUUUCUGAACACUUUUCUUUCUUCCCUCGACUCUUUGAGAAAUCUCGGCGGUCGUCCUCCUCGGCUCCACCGCUGACUUCCUCAUGUGUUGUGACCACUGACUGAAGUGUUAGCCUAGCACUCGCCCUCUCUCUCUCUGUCCUCCAUAUGCCGCACAUAAAGCCACUCGGUACAGUCUGUCCAAGCGUCUUAUUUACAGAGAAUACUCACUACAUUUAAAAAAAAAGAAGAAAAAACGAAUAAAAAUAAAUACAUAAAUAAAAAAAGCAGAAUUUGUAUAUACAGUAUAAAUGCUCCUCACCAAAAUUCUGACUUGUCUGUUUUUUUUUUUUUAAAUGUUACGUUGAUUUAUCUUUUUCCAUUUUGUGUUCAAGGUAUGUAUAUAUGCAGACCCAUGUACUGUUUAUGAGCAAAAACAAAGAUGACGAAGGGUAGGGAAAGAUAAAAAAAAAAAGAAGAUAAAAGAUGAAAAGAAAAACCAGAAUCAGGGCAAAACUGAUGAUGUUCAUGGAUAUUGUAGAUGACGAUAAUGAUCAGCUUUAUCCAGCCAUAUGUUCAAUCUUACCUGUACAGUACAGUAGAUGACAGCUGUAUUAUUGUAACAAGAACUAGUCAUGUAUAGUGUAACUAUAGUUUGGAGUGCCUUUGCUUUCAUACACCUUCGCCUUGUUUCCUCGCCCCCUCCUCACCCAGCCCACGCCACCGACCCACCCGAAUAUUGUGACUCUCCCUUUGGUGCUGUUGAAUGUCCUGCUAACCCACCACUCACACACAUUCACACAUACACACACAGACACUCUCCCUCACUUGAUUUCCACCCUCCCUCUCUCCCACUCUUUCUCCCUUUUCAUUGCACAUUUAAUGUCAUAUACAGACAUUGUUAAUCGUAAGGAUAUUUUUCCUCAACUGAAGAUGGAAAAAUAUAGACAAGUGUUUAUUUUAAUAGAUGUUUUAUCUUGGACACACUCACAUGUAAGACACAGCAGUCCUCACACGGACUCCUGGGCGUGUGUGGCGAAUUUUGGGAAGGUGGCGUGUUGUGGAUGACAGCAGGGGUUCUAAAAGAAAAAAGGCCUCAUAUACUGUAUAUAUACGAAUACAGUACCGUUUCUGUAUUACUCACAGUGUUGGUUCUGUUACCAAAGCCAAACUAUGAUGUAGUUGUGAUGAGCCAUCCUCAGAGGCAAUAACGUAUUCUGACUCUUUUCUCUCUGGAUAUUUCUGUUGUUUCUCUCGUCUCUCCUCUAUUUUCGGGGUGGGGAUGGGGUGGGGGGAAUUCAGUAGCACCUAAAGGGGUCGUCGAGUCAUGUAGCCUUUCUCCUUGUCUCCCGCUUGCUGUAAUUUUGCAUUCAUGAACGUGUUGCUACCCUCAACCGGAAAGUCUGACCACUUCACCCUUCCCGACUCCAGUUCAAUAAAAAACAACCACAAAAGCUACCAAAAAAGAAGACGAGCGAGCACAUGUGCUGGUAUAUUAUUAUUCAUUUUAUUAUACCAGCAUAUAUACUUGUUCCAAAUGCUCACUGGGUUUAACUGGGGCUAAAGAAAAGAAAAAAAACAUCCUGUAUAACAGUACUACUACUUGAAUGCCUCUGUUUGUGACUGAAAUUUUUAUUUCAUUUGUUUUUUUUGUUUUUGUUUUUUCUUUUGUUCUGUGAAGGUAUGCUAAAUGUGCACCUCUGUAAAUAUCCCCCCUGCGUGCUCUGAGGAAUAGUUCCCUGGUACUGUAAUUUGCAUUAAAUAAAGAGUAGGAUAGCCUGGAAAUGAUAAAAUAA